AUGACAAGCAUAACAUUUAAAUCGUUGAAGGAUAAUAAAACAAUUAAUGUUAAUCUAAGUAAAACAUUUACGAUGAAUGAAUUACACAGAAAUAUCACAAAUAAUUUUGGAAAUACAGAUCAAUAUCGUCUGGUCGUUAAAGAUAAACAACUAUGUCUAGACAAUGCAUCCAUAUUUGAACGUCAAAAACAAGAAUUGUUACAAGGCAAUAUUGAAAUUUUAUUAUUACAACGUGCAACGGGAGGUGGAGCGUUUGUGGAAGUAUCAUUGUUGAAGGAAAGAGUAUUACAACAAUUACCAAAUGAACUAGCAAAAAUCAGUAGAGUAUCAGCUGUAUGUUCAUGCUGUCUAUGUCCAGGAUUAUGUACAGUUAUCUGUGCGAAAACAGAUUCUGCACAUACCCAAAAUGGAUCAAAACUAACAUCUAUAUGUGAUGAUUGUUUUGGUAGUUAUUUGAAAAAUACUAAUUUUGAAUUGAGAUGUUUAGCACAAUAUAGGACUACAGCAGCAUCAUCAACACCGUGUGAAACAUGUAAAGAUUAUAAAACUAUAUUUAAAACUCCGGUGUUUAUUGAACUGUGGACAACAUUACAUGAAGUACGGGAUAUGGUUAAAUGUAUUGACUGUCAAAUAUGUUAUUGUGGUGCACUGUUAUUCAAUGAAACGUUGUUUUCACAACAGACAUGUACAAAUUGUACACGUGUGAUGUGUUUCUUUUGCAAUCGUACAUGGAAUAGCAGCACAAUGACAAAUUCACAAUACACAUGUAAAGAUCCUGAUUGUACUUAUGAACAACAGUUAGAAUAUGAAUUAGUACCACUGCAAGCAAAUAACCAGUUAAGAGUUCCUGAUCGUCGUGUAUGUCCAAGUUGUUUUCAACCUGGUGGUUAUGGUGAAGCAUGCAAAUAUCAUGGAUGCCCACAUUGCAAACAUCAAUUUUGCUUUAUGUGUCUACAACCUGAACAAGUUUGCAACAAAACAUCAAAUUACCAUUCACCAUGUUCAGGUGGUGUCGGCAUUAAAAAACAAGAUUUUACAAUAUUUCCAAAGAUGAACUAA